CCCCUCUGUGUUUUCUGCCAUGCUUUUUAAUUCCCCAACAUGAAUCAAACAGUUUUAGCUUCUCUCAUCUCGCAAUGUGUUCUGCAACUUCUGGAAAGGAACCUGGACACAAGGAAAAAUGCUACAGAACAAAAAGAGCCACAAUACAAACCAUAUGACAACGCCUAUUUCUUCAUCCUCUUUGUCAUGUUGUUUUACUCUUUCCUGGCAUUAACUGUCUUUUUUGGUUAUGUACGCUCGAAGAAAGCUGUUUCAAAGAAAGAUCCUUACGAGGAGUUCAUCGAGGAUAGGAAUCGAAAUAAGAAGUGGAACGUGACCCGGCCGGUCGUGGUGAAAUUUGACUUUGAAGAAGAAAGUAUUCUUUGAACUUCUUAAACCAAAAUACUCUGCAAAAUGGACUGGACUGUCUCUGAUGCCUACAUCUCAAGUGAAGAUCUACACAUUUAUCUUGUUUGGCUAUCCCCCUCCCAAUAAAUCAAAGUAUUGCU